AGAACAUUUCGCGAUAAUUAUGCAAAGUAAUGUAAUGAAUUUGAAUAAUGGGGUGAUACCAGCGGAAUGCUGGGAAGAGUUUGUGUUUCUUAAAGAUUGUAAACGCGAUGGUGUCAGUGAGAAAGAUGUGUCUUCUUCUGUGUCUACGACGGAAAAAAAUGUGUCGUCUGAGAUACCUUCUGCUGUUCCUAUUGUACACUCUAGUCAUCAGAAACCCUACUGAAGAGGCCUUGACAGGCGAAAUGCAUUUGGGUCUACGGACUCGGGACUUAUUAAGCCUCCAAAGGUCAGAAACGAAUGGAAAACUAGUAGUUUUCCGUGUACUAAAGAUUAGUACAGUACGGAUGGAUCCGGAGGCAAAAUUGAAGGGUUUACAGGAACAGAGAGAAAAAUAUUUAAAGGAUGUACAAUUUUUUAAGUGCCAUCUUCGUGAAGAAAUCACUCCAAGAACAUUACAACUAAAGAAGUCGAUAAGAAAAGACAUCAAUGAACAAGAUAUAUGGAAGAUAGAAAGAUUAAUAUUGAAAUCAAUAAUAAAUAAAAAAGAAUCGGAAUACAGAGAGUGGCAAGAAAAUCUGGUAGUAAACCUAACUGAAAAGAGUAUUCCAGACGAUUAUAUGCGGUUUUUGUCAUAUGGUGUAGGUAUGAAUUUACCAUAUUUUGAUAAAUCAUUGGAUACUAUAGCGGACAUCGAAUUGGCAAUAUUUAAAAGUGGACUCAAUAAAAACAAAAAAGAGGAAAUUAGAAUAAAGAUCGCUGAAGAUCUAAAGAAGUUUAAAACAAAACAAGGAUACAUGAUGGAUCAAAAGGCUAAGAAGUAUAUAGGUAAAUAUAACAGAUUGAAAAAGUUUCUUCAUAGAUUUAAUUUAGGUAUUGUAAAAGCAGAUAAAUCAAGGCAAUUAAUAAUAAUGAAUUUAACAGAUUUAGACAAAAAGAAACAGGAAAUUAUAAAAGAAGGAAAUUUUGAAAAAUUAGAGUUAGAUCCAACAAGUAACAUACAGAAAUUAUUGAAGAAAAUUGUAGGAAAAUUAAUAAAAGAAGGAGCUAUUUCAAUUACUGAAAGUAAAGAACUAUUACCAGGAGAAAAUGUGAGAAUGCCAAAGUUAAAUGUUCGUAUUAAGACACACAAACAAAAUAAAUGCAGACCUAUAGUAGACUUUAAGAUGACCGUGUUAUAUAAUUUAGAGAUAUUUUUAAAGAAAUCAUUACAGGUUAUAUUAAACUCUGAACUUAGUAUAAAAAAUACUGAUAGUUUAAUUUCAAGAUUAGAAGCAGGAAGAAUUUUGCCAGAGUACCGUUUAAUGAGUAUAGAUAUAGUGUCAAUGUAUCCAUCGAUUACAAAAGAAAUGAUUAUACAGAGUUUAAUUAAAGGCGAGUACUUUCGACAAAAGGAUGGAAUAUCCAUGGGCUCGGUGGUCGGCCCAAAGCUGGCAGAGAUUGUUAUGAAAAAUAUAGAUAAAACGUUGCUGAACUUAGGUGGAAUAGUUUUUCUGGCACGAACAACCAGAAGUGAAAAAAGAAUAGAAGAAAUUAAAAAUAUAAAUAAGAAGUACUUGUUAAACAAUUAUCCGAAAAGAUUGCUGGAGAACUGGUAUGAUGAAUAUUUAAAAAGAAGAUUUCAAGUAAAGAAAAAACAAGAAAGUAAAAAGUAUGUUUCUUUUCCGUAUAUCAAAGGUAUUUUCGAAAAAUAUAAAAAAAUUUUCUGUGAAAACUUAAUACAAUUGGCUCCAUUGCAAAAAAAUAGAUUAUCUAAAUUAAUUAUAACUGAACCUUACAGAAAGAAAGAUUUAUUGGAAGAAGAAGGAGUGGUUUAUAGGCUUCAAUGUACGUGUGGAGUACCGUAUUAUUACGUUGGAGAAACGAAACGGAAACUAAAAGUGAGGAUGUCGGAACACUUGGCAGCAGUACGAAAUAAAAUUAAUACAUCCCCGGUAUUUUUGCAUUGCCAUGUUAACAACUGUCAAUUAGAUAUUAAUAAUGUAAAAAUAAUACAUAAAGAGAAAAAUAUUGUAAAAAGAAAAUUUAAAGAACAUUUCGCGAUAAUUAUGCAAAGUAAUGUAAUGAAUUUGAAUAAUGGGGUGAUACCAGCGGAAUGCUGGGAAGAGUUUGUGUUUCUUAAAGAUUGUAAACGCGAUGGUAUCAGUGAGAAAGAUGUGUCUUCUUCUGUGUCUACAACGGAAAAAAAUGUGUCGUCUGAGAUAUCUUCUGCUGUUCCUAUUGUACAUUCUAGUCGUCAGAAACCCUACUGA